CGCAGCAGUGAGCGCGCCUUCCACCUCUGGCAGGGGCUCGCGUAUCCCGAGAGAUCGGUUGGACAUUACUGACGGCCAUGAUUUCGAUCCGAUCCGAUCAUCGGCACCCUAACAUGCGCGGGUGAUCGAUCAUAUCGCGACCCACGGUGACAAGUGUACUCGUGUGAGUGAUCCUCUCGGACAGGGAGGCACACCACCCUCAUGUUGCGCGCAUCCGGAAGAAACUUGGCACGAAUUUGACACCGUCGGGGCCACUGAUCAAGUGUGAUCCGGCUAAAGAAAUCACCCGGCGAUUAAACACUUUCCUAAAGAAAUAAAACGUAUUUUUGUGAACGAAUAGAUGUUAUAAACAGCGAUCAAUAAUUCGUUUCUGGCGAUCGAUAAUCUUCAUUCGUGUACCUGAAAUCUCGUCGGGUUGAUAAAUCUGUCCAAUAGAGUCAAGUAAUUGGAGAUGCGAACGCCUCGGCGUUUUCUGUCAAAAUUCUCGUAUCGUCUGAAAAACCCUGUGAAUUUUGCGGGGGAUGAAAGAUGCAUAACGAAAAGAGUAAGCGAUACAUCAGUGUAAUUCAAAAUGUUUUCGUGUACAAAGUACGACGGCGAUAACUCCUAAUAGUACCUUUUAACCCUCGAUGUUGUCGCGCAAACGAAGUCCAUUUAACACUUAUCGAUUUUUCCGUCCCACGUUUCUCGAAAACAUCAUUACGUCAUUAUUGUCGGACGAUGACGGAGGAGCAGAACGGGUCAUUCGCGCGUGUGAGGCUUAGUGGUGUAUAAAGUGAACGCCAAUAGACUGUGUAUGUGCGGAGUAUGUACAAUUACUCGAUCGAGUAACCCCAUUAGAGAUGACGUUGAAGUCUGCGUACAUAAAUAACGCUCGUAACCUCACGAAGCCCUUAAGGAGUUACGCGACUUACUUAUAAUCCGCAGUUUUACAUCGAGAGCCUACCUUGGCGUAGACAGGAUACUUUGCGUGCUCCGUCAACUGCACUUAAGCCUUCUCUCAAAGCGCAGUCAGGUCAUACUCUCAUCUUCAUCGCUAGUUAUCGCUAGUUAAAAGUGUAUAUCGGACGUUUUAUCGGAGAUCGCUUCGGGAAAUUCAACCGCCUGGAGAACUGAAUCGUCGGGGUCAGAUCGAUGAUGACGGAUCCACGUCUUCCACGUCUCGCGAUGAGAUGCGUCCGUUAAAAUCGACCGCGUCUCGUGCAACCUGACGAAUCUCUCCGAAGAUUCGUCUUACUGAAACUUAUCAAGCCACGUCGGGGUCUCCCACUUAAGCACGGAAUUCAAGGAGGACGAUAUCUGCACGAAGAGCUGCAGGAGCAAGGAUUCAUUUCGCUUACAAUGAAGAGGAUGCUUCUGCUGAUGAGCUUGCUGGCCCGGUUCGUCGUAGCGGAAGUUCUGCUCGGCGACGUCGAUGAGCCACUGCCGAUAUUAGAUAUUAAUGCAGUGGCCGGUCACGAAGUUCAGAUACCCUGCGACAUCGAUCCGCCUACUAAAGACGAAACGGUCAUCAUGGUAUUUUGGUACAAAGAUGAAAGGGACGGCGGACCGAUAUACAGGAUGGACGCUCGAGGGAAACAGAUAGCUCAACCGAAGCUUUGGUCGGAUCCGUAUGUGUUCGGUGAAAGGGCGCUUAUGAAGACGGACGUAAAGCCCGCCAAGCUGCAGAUAAAUCCAUUGGAGUCCACGGAUGGUGGUGUGUACAGAUGCAGAGUGGAUUUCAAGAAUAGUCCAACGAAGAAUCAAAAGAUUAAUCUUACAGUCAUAGUGCCACCGAAAAAGCCCAUGAUAUAUACCGGCGUCAGCAGGAGUCUGGCUCCGCAACCGUUUAACGAAGGAAGCGAGAUGUCCUUAUUGUGCGAGGUGAUCGGAGGGUCGCCUCCGCCAAAGGUCACGUGGCAUUUUGAAGACAAGAUUUUAGACGACACGUAUACGCAAGAGCAUGAGUAUAUAACGAUAAAUCGGCUGGAUGUACGAAAGGUCACCAGAAAUUUACUGGAGGCGAGGCUAAUUUGCAUGGCGAACAAUACUCACCUUAUAUCGCCUGAGACGUCUGAAAUCAUUUUGGAUGUGAACUUGAAACCGCUGAUAGUCAAUAUUACAAAUAAGCGAUUGCAUUUGUCGGCGUUAAGAACCUACGAGAUCGAAUGUAUCAGUUGGGGUUCUAGACCGGAGGCGGUGAUCACCUGGUGGAAAGGAGCCCAUCAAGUUAAACAUAUGGCUAGAAAUUUCGCAGAUAAUCCGAACGUCACGAGAAGUGUGUUAAGUUACGUGCCGCCCAUCGAGGACGAUGGAAAGUUUCUGACGUGUAGGGCGGAAAAUCCCGUGGUACCUAACAGUGCCUUAGAGGACAAGUGGCCUCUGAUUGUUUAUUAUGUGCCGGUGGUGAGCAUUAAGUUGGGUUCCAGUUUGAAGGCGAACGACAUAAACGAGGGUGACGAUGUCUACUUUGAGUGCGACGUACGAGCCAAUCCAAAGGCUUACAAACUACUUUGGUUCAAAGAUGGCAAGGAGUUACAUCAGAACACCACCGCGGGGAUUAUUCUUCCCGGUGGACAAUCGCUGGUGCUACAGAGCGUGACGAAAGCCUCCGCCGGGGAAUAUUCUUGCAUGGCAGUUAAUAUCGAAGGGAAAGCUAUCAGCAGAUCGGUGGCCCUCGAGGUGAUGUACGCACCGAUCUGCAAGGACGGCUCUUCCACCCAAGUGGUUGGCGCCCUGAAGCACGAAACGAUCGCGCUAGUCUGCGGCGUACAGUCGAAACCGCCGCCCACGACCUUCCAUUGGACGUUCAACAACUCCGGGGAGCUGAUGAGCGUACCGGCCACCAGAUUCGCCCAGGUCAAACCGUUCAAUAUGAUUACGAACAACUGGCACGGUUCCAGAUUGAAUUACACACCGCAGAAUGACAUGGACUAUGGCACGAUCGCCUGCUGGGCGAAAAAUCGGAUAGGAGAACAGAGGACGCCCUGUCUCUUUCAGAUCAUCGUCGCCGGGAAACCUUACCCCUUGCAAAACUGCACAGCCCUACAGUCGACCGGACCCUACGCGCAUCGAAUGGGUCACGAAGACUUUAAAGCCACCGACUCGAGAGACGCGGACUGGCUGAUCGUCAGGUGCUCCGAGGGAUUCGACGGUGGUUUGCCCUUGACUAAUUACGAGCUAGAGGUCUACAGUGAGGAGAACGUUUAUCAUGCCAAUACCAUCUACCUGAAUCACACCGACAGAUCCGGCUCAUCCGGUCCAGUUUUCGAAGUUCCCGGCUUAGAACCAGGUCGGAAUUAUAGGCUUCAUCUUUAUGCCGUCAAUGCCAAGGGUCGGAGCGAUCCCGUCGUCUUGGAACCAGUUACACUCAAAGGAGUAGCGAUGUAUACCACUGGUCGCGGGAUAUCGGACGAGACGGCCGAUUACAGCCUCCUGGUGGCUUUCUUCGCCGGCGGUGUAACCGCCAUUUGCAUUCUGAUUGUCGGGAUAACGUUGACGUUGUAUCGUCGCAACCAUCCGUCGCAGACGACGAAGACGACGCAGUCGGUGUCGGCUGCGCCAACAUCGGAGAGGCCGCAAUACGAAGGUAAGGAUAACCGGCCGACGACGCCGCCGGCGAUGAACGAGGUUCACCGAGACGAGCUGAAGGAGCGAAUAAAUACGGGGGAAUCCUUGCCGGAUGACGAUCCGGACGUGAUACCGAGCAAGGCCGUCGAGAGACGGCCGGACAUCUUCGAGCCGGGCUACGCGUCCGGUAAGCUAAAGUCCGAGCGAGCAAAGGAUGCCUUCAGGUGCUUCGAGGAUCUCGAUUACCCGUCGCCCGCGUCGGUGCUUCACGCCAAGGACUCGUGGAUCUAUCCGAACGGUUAUGCGGAGAGGAACGAGAGCGGUCUGAGCCCGAUACGACCCAGCACGUUGCCGGUGCAUCGCACCCAUGACAUUUACACGAGGAGUUUGCGUGUACAAGAGAGCUGUAUAUAAGAAUGGAGUGGAAGGCGUCGUUGUAUCCCCCGCCCGCAUCGGGUUCCUCGAUGCUCGCCAAAUCGUCGUAAACGCGAUUAACGACGCUUGUAAAUAGACAAUAAAUAUCGUUAAGGACCUUCCUCUUCCACCCUCAUCGACAUUCCUAUUCUUGUUUUUCACCUAAGGAUAAGAUAUGUAGCCGUUAGUUUCUUUCUAAGGAAAACGUGAUAUAUACUUGGAACGUCGUUGAUCGAGCGCGAUCACGUGUACAGAGACAAUAAUUUCCGCCGUUAAAAGAUUCCUCGUCAGAUUCCCUGUCUCUUGUCGGAAGCCUUCCUUAAAAGAAAAGUUAAAGACGAAGAAAAGAAAAGAAGAAACUACCUUCUAUCCGCGCGAAUGUCUGGAAGAGCGUACAUGUUUUGUCUACGGAUGUUUUGUCGUGCUUCGUGAUUAAUUAAAUGGUCAAAUGGAUAUGUGUGUGUAAACGUUUGUAUAUACAGAUAAUAAAUCUUGUUGUUUAAUAUGUA